AUGAAGCUCGACUGCACGCUGCUGCUGUAUCUCUCCGUCAUGUGGUUCCUCUUCGGCAUCAACCGGGCGAGCUACAGCACCGCGUACAUUAGCGGCAUGAAGGAAGCCGUCGGCUUCGCGGGCAAAGAGUUCAACUACAUGGAGACCAUCUUCCUGGUCUUCUACGUGGUUUUCCAGGUGCCCUGCAUGGUGCUUCUGACGCUCGUCCGCCCGAGAUACGUGUUCGUCACGGCCAACGUGCUGUGGAGCAUCCUCACGCUGGCCACGUACCGCGUCGAUCAUGUGUGGCAGGUCUUCAUGCUGAAUGGCGUCGAGGGCGCGUGCAUGGCUCUCGCGUAUGUUGGCGCCCACUUCACGUACGGAGCGUGGUAUACCGAGUCCGAGCUGGGAACCAGAGCCGCCAUCUUUUGCGGCUUCGGCAACCUGGGCAACAUGGCGGGCGGAUGGAUCCAGGCCGGGCUGCUGGCGUCGCUCUCCGGAGGACCCCUUCCGCCGUGGCGACUCAUCUUCAUCGUUGUUGCCGCCAUGGCCUUUCCUCUCGCUCUCAUCGGAUGGUUCUUCAUCCCCGACCUGCCCCAUCACCGCAGCGCGUGGUUCCUCUCGGCAGAAGAGCAAGAAUACGCAAUCAGGAGAAUGGGCAAAGCGCAAGAGCACACCUGGGACCGCACCGUCUUCCGCCGCGUCCUCCUAAGUUGGCAGUUCUGGCUCCUGCCAACCAUAUUCAUGCUAUUCGCCCUCUGCAUACAAUGCCUAGGCAACAACGUCAUCCCGCUCUGGAUGGCGUCGAGAGGGUACAGCGUCAUCCAGCAGAACAACUACCCGACAGCCAGGUACGCCGUCGCCAUCGUCGCCACCCUCGUGUACACCAUCGUGUCCGACCGCCUCAAGUCUCGAUGGGGAUGCUCCCUCUGCAUCGGCUUCACCUUUGUCGUGGGCAGCGCCAUCCUGGUCGCGCACCCUGCCUCGGAUGCGGCCUACUUCUUUGCCUUUUUCCUCCUCGGCACGACGUACGCGCCGCAAGCGCUGUGGUACUCGUGGGCGGCCGACCUGACGGCCCACGACGUGCAGCUGAGGGCGCUAACGACGGGGUUCAUGAACUCGUUUGAUUUCGUGUUUGUGAGCUGGUGGGCGAUUGUGUUUUACCCCGUGACGGAUGCGCCAGAGUAUCCGAGAGGGUUCGUUGCCAGCUUGGUGACAGGUGCUUUGACGAUUCCCAUCAUUGCCUUGAUUGCGUAUCUCGAGAGACGGGGUCGUCAGAUUGGCACGAUUGGGAGGAUGCUGGACGAUGCGGAGGGGCCGGGGAAGGCCGAGGGGCAAUGUGGCGAUGCAAAGGAGACAAAAGCGGCCGCUUGUCCUCCAUCGAACUAG